AUGACGGCCAACGUGGAGCCGCGUGGGCGGCGCCCGGGGAUCGGAGUGGGUGUCGUGGUGACCAGCGGCAGGCAUCCUCGCUGCGUCCUUCUGGGGAGGAGGAAAGGGUCGUUCGGAGCCGGCAGUUUCCAACUUCCCGGGGGCCACUUGGAGUUCGGUGAAAGCUGGGAAGAAUGUGCUCAAAGGGAAACCUGGGAAGAAGCAGCUCUUCACCUGAAAAAUGUUCGCUUUGCCUCGGUUGUGAAUUCUUUCAUUGAGAAAGAGAAUUACCAUUAUGUCACUAUUUUAAUGAAAGGAGAGGUGGACCUGACUCAUGAUUCAGAACCAAAGAAUGUAGAGCCUGAAAAGAAUGAAAGUUGGGAGUGGGUUCCUUGGGAAGAAUUUCCUCCCCUGGACCAGCUUUUCUGGGCACUACGUUGUUUAAAGGAACAAGGCUACGAUCCUUUUAAAGAAGAUUUGGAUCAUCUGGUAGGAUAUAAAGGAAGUCACCUAGAGGUGAACAAGGAGAUUCACUGAGUUGUUUUUUUUUUUAAUGGAUUGGCCAAAAAGUUCACUUAGGUUUUUGUAGGCUGACUACAGUCAUGCUGAGUUGUCUCUAACUUCAUUUGAAACCAUUUUGUAAGACUGUAAGAUUGUAUUGUGACACCUGUCACGGCAAUGUGCAUUUUUUAAAAGAAACUUAUCAAAAUUGGUGAAUUGGGGGGUAGCCAUUUUAAUAUUGAAAAUGGAAGAAAAAAAGCAACAAUUUCGGCAUAUUAUGCUUGAUUAUUUCAAGAAAGGUAAAAAUGCAACGGAUACAAAAAAAAAGAUUUGUGCAGAGUAUGGAGAAGGUGCUGUGACUGAACGGACAUGUCAAAAGUGGUUUGCAAAGUUUCGCGCUGGAGAUUUCUCUCUGUAUGAUGCUCCACGGUCAGGUAGACCAGUUGAAGUGGAUAGCAAUCAAAUUGAGACAUUAAUUGAGAGCAAUCAACAUUAUACCACACGAGAGAUAGCCGACAUACUCAAAAUAUCCAAAUCGAGCGUUGAAAACCAUUUGCACCAGCUUGGUUAUGUUAAUCGCUUUGAUGUUUGGGUUCCACUUAAGUUAAGCCAGAAAAACCUUCUUGAUCGUAUUUCCACAUGUGAUUCUCUACUGAAACGUAACAAAAGUGUUCCGUUUUUAAAGCAAAUUGUGACAGGCAAUGAGAAAUGGAUACUCUUCAAUAAUGUGGAACAGAAGAGAUCAUGGGACAAGCGAAAUGAACCACCACCAGCCACGCCAAAGGAGGGUCUUCAUCCAAAGAAGGUGAUGUUGUGUAUAUGGUGGGAUUGGAUGGGAGUCCUCUAUUACGAGCUCCUUCCAGAAAACCAGUCAAUCAAUUCCAAGAAGUACUGCUCCCAGUUAGACCAGCUGAAAGCAGCCCUCAGUGAGAAGCGUCCAGAGUCAGUCGAUAGAAAAUGCAUAAUCUUCCAUCAGGAUAACACAAGGCCACACGUUUCUGUGAUGACCAGACAAAAAUUGUUACAGCUUGGCUGGGAAGUUCUGAUUCCUCCACCAUAUUCCCCAGACAUUGCACCUUCAGAUUUUCAUUUAUUUCGGUCUUUACAAAAUUCUCUCAAUGGAAAAAAUUUCAGUUCCCUGGAAGAUUGCAAAAGGCACCUGGAACAGUUCUUUGCUCAAAAAGAUAAAAAGUUUUGGGAAGAUGGAAUUAUGAAGUUGCCUGAAAAAUGGCAGAAGGUAGUGGAACAAAAUGGUGAAUACGUUGUUCAGUUCAGUUCUUGGUGAAAGUGAAAAAUGAGUUUUUUAUUUUUGCUUAUAAGCCGAAAGAACUUUUAGGUCAACCCAAUACAUAAAAGGCAAAAUAAGGUCCUGUUAAAGAGUGAAAAAUAUCUAAUUUCAAAACAACUCCAUUUUACCUGAGAAGUCCCACAUGAUGGCCAGUUUAUUUGUAGUCUCUUAAAUAUACCCAAUAUCUUUUCAUUCAGUACUUGUGAAAAAUUUUCAGAUUGUGUCAUGAACUGUGUUUCAGAUUCAGAAAAUGUGACAAUUGGUGAUGUUAUAAAUGGUAAUUCCGCUUUCUGUA